CAAUCAGCACUCAAGUGCACAAUAAAGACGGACUCAUCCGCAGCAUGGCUGUCAGUAUAUAUUUGAAACUUGGACGAUGCGCUUCCUCUCGUCACGUUGGUUUUUUUUGUUUGUGCAUUUUGUCAAAAAUGUUAUCGUGUGUGAAUUUGAGUGGUUUGAUGAAAUAUGGAAAUAUUUUGGUGCAGUGACGUGACAUGCGUCUUGUUACGCAAGGCGGACUCAUAGAAACUCAACGUUGAUAUCAAAUCAACGAGAUGACGUCGCGACAACCUUUGGGUCGCUGUAAACGUGUUCCCCUGUGACAUGUAAAGAUUAUCUUCAUAACUCUUUAAAAAAACCGGUCAAGUGCGACUCGGACUCGCACAUGAAGGGUUCCGUAUUCCAGGUUAGAUCGCUUGUUCGUGCUGCUGGAGGCGGGCGCGGGUGUGGCCACGCGGCGCGCGGCGGCGCUGCAGCUGGGCGAGGUGCAGCGCGCGCACCCCGAGGAGCUGCACCGCCUGCUCGCGCGGCUCAUGCAGCACCUGCGCGCUACCGCCUGGGAGACCAGGGUUGCCGCCACGCAGGCUGUGGAGGCGAUCUUAUCAAAAGUUCCGGAGUGGCAUCCACCGCCCUUUGCUACCAAAGAGGAGGAAGUAGAGCAAGAUGACAACGGGCGGCUGCGGUGCGAGUCGUUUGAUAUAAAGCAGGUCCUGGAACACGGCGCGCAUCUGAUGGGCUCGGAAGGGCACGAGUAUGACCUCGAGGAAGAAGCACUUGCAGCUAUAGAUAUGAAGGAGCGUUUGGUGAAGCAACGCCAGCAGCUGAACUCUCGGCUGGGGCUGGACGUGGCGGCAUCGCUGGGCAUGGACAUGAGUGCGGUGUACUCCAAUGAUGAUUUGUUACCCCUGAAGGCACCCACCAAAUCCGAAGUUACUAGAAGGCCAGUCCAAGAGUUGAUGUCCAAAGGUCUCAGCUCGCGCGAGAUGAACUUAGCGAAGCGCAAAGCGCGCGCUGCGUUCAGCAAGCAGAAGUCGCGCGACUGCGACGACGCGCCGCCCGCGCCCGCGCCGCUCACGCCGACCACGCCCAGCGCGCCGAUACUGACGCCUCUCGAGCCGGAGAGGAAAAAGAUCAAACUCGAGCCCGCUGAAGAGCUUCCGGACAUCACGUGCGGAGGUUGCGCAGUACCGGGACGCGACGGACAGUGGGGCGAGGGUUCCCGCUGGCCGCUGGACGCGUGGUGCAGCGCGCUGCAAGCGCAACUCGUUAGCGCGGCGUGGGAGGCGCGGCACGGCGCUGCUAGUGCACUGAGGGAGCUGCUGCGAUCACCUUUAGCAGCUUCCGCGGGGCAUCGGGCCGGCAUGACGCCGCAACAGAUGGAGGAUGCACAUCAAGAAUGGUUAGAAGACAUGGCACUGAGGCUGCUGUGUGUACUCGCUUUGGAUAGAUUCGGUGACUUCGUAUCGGAUCAGGUAGUGGCUCCAGUUCGGGAGACGUGUGCGCAGACGCUGGGAGUGACGCUGGCGCAGAUGCGCGCAGCGAGGGUCCGGCUGGUGGCGGAGCGCGUGGCCACGCUCGCGCGCCAGCCGCAGUGGGAGGCGCGGCACGGCGCGCUGCUCGCCUUCAAGUAUUUGCUGGCAGCGAGACAGGAACUAGCAGUAGAAUGCGGAGCCCUAGAAUACUUAAUGGCUGGUCUAGAAGACGGGGCCGAGGACGUAUCAGGGGUUGCAGCAGGAGCCCUAGCGCCUGCUGCGGCGGCCUUAGCAGCGGCCAGACCUGAGCGACUCGCGCGACUGGCGGCGAGGCUGUGGCAACUGUUGCGUGACCAGGACGACCUGGCCACCCCGGCCAAUGCAUACAUGGCACUUUUAGCUUCGUUAAUGGCAUUGCCUGCUGCUGCUACUAAGUUACAUCCCAUCGAUUUGACAGACGUUCUACCGAGACUAUGGCCAUACCUCGACCACUCGGCCAGCUCCGUACGAAAAGCAACUCUACAAACCCUACGCACCCUCACCAGACCGCUCAUUACCUCAGAAAUUAACGGCAAAACGAAUACUAACAAUAACAUAGAAUGUGAAAACAAGUGUAAUUCGAAAGUGAAUUGUAGUGAAAGUGAAAGUGAAGUGAAAAACAGUGAAAAGUGCAACGGUGAAGUGAGUCAGUACCUGAUGUGGACGCCUGAGCUAUUGCAAGAGGCGAUGCGGCAUAUAUACCAAAGGGUGCUUUUUGAGCAUGUUCCUGAAAUACAAGAGAUUGCAGUUCAGGUGUGGCAGAACUUGCUACGUCACGCGUCUCUGGGUACAAUCCUGGUGGCGGCGUGUCCGAUGCUGGCGCUGUGGCUGUGCCUCGCGAUGCAGCCGGCGCGCUUGCCGCUGGACGCGUCGCUGCUGUUGAACCCGCCGCCACCGCCUGAACCAAAGGAGCGACGAACUCGCACCACUUCGGGCCCAAGCAGCACAGAUAGCGAGGCGCGUCCGGGGCAGAAGUGGUACCUCGGCGGCAACGAGUCCCAGCCGGUGGCCUUGAGGGAUGCGGCGGUCACGCGAGCGAGAUGUCUUGCUGCGGAGAUUUUAGGUUAUCUAUCGUGUUAUCUAGUCCAGCCGGCACCCGGCAUUGAAUACAAAGCAGAAGACGAAAGUCCUAUCGAUUGUUAUGUUAAGGUUAUGGUAGUGUACUUGCGCUCCGGCAGCGCGCUGCAGCGCUUGGUGGCGGGGCUGGUGAUAUCGUCGUGGGCGCGCCACACCCUGCAGCACCGGCUCUUCCCGCCGCCCGUGCUCACUAACGGCGUUACUAAUGAGGACGAGAGCAGUCUCCGGAAAGACGAUACAGAGGAGCAGCAAAUGGAGUUAUUGUCCAAACUGGCACCGCCUCUACUCAUCACCACUCUACAUACAUCACUGAACCAAACUUUAUACUACGACGAAGUCGCCUUGAAUUGUAAUAGGAUACUGCAAGAAGCUCGAGAUCUGUUAGCCAUGAUGAAACAUUACAAACUACCCAUAGACAAUGAGGAAUUCAAUAAUAUUAUAAGGCUCGAACAGGUGUCCGCCAUGACAGCGGUGACGCAGCCCCUGGUGGCGGCGAUGAAAGCUAAACGCGUGGCGCCGUCGUUGGAGGAGCGUCGCGCCGCACUACAUUCUGCGGUCGCUAACUGCGCGCUUGAACAAGCCACCUUGAAUGUCUCAGUCCAAGCAGCGUUAAGCAGUGCGGUGGCGCAACUAGCCGCUUUACCGGAACGACUCAACCCAGUAGUCCGGCCUCUGAUGGAGAGCAUCAAGAAGGAGGCUUCGGAGGAGCUGCAGCGAGGCUCGGCGAGGACGUUAGCUGCUCUACUCGCUCAACUCGUCCACCGGCAGCCCUGUCCCAACAACAAAGUUCUGGUCAACCUUAAAGCCUUCCUCAGAUGCGAUCCCGAGUAUACGCCGCGUAUAUCUCUUGAAAACGCUGAGGAAGCGAACGGUGAUUCCGGCAGCGGCGGCGAUAGCGGCACGGAGAGCAAAACUGAAACACUUUCUAGUCACGGACCCACUCUGGAUAAGUUCGACGGCAUCAUAACACUGCGCGAGCAACACCGCAGUGCGGAGCGAGUGGUGCCGCGCCGCGGGCGGCCGCCUGCCGCCCACACUCAGCAGCACAGCCACGGGGAGUUCAGCAUCGACCAACUCUUCCCCAACGAAGACGAGGCACGAAAGUUGUUGAGGAUACAACGGCGAGGUGCGACAAUGGCGUUAACUAGUCUGACGGAGUAUUUUGGGGACAAACUGCCUGAAAAAUUGCCCAAGCUGUGGGAGUUCAUCACUGAACCUUUCGAAAAAGUUAUGACUGAUAGUGAGCUGGAAUCUCUAGAAGAAGAAGCGGCAGAGGAACUAAUAUCUCGACUGCAAGUAGUGGAAGCAGUGGCGGGGGCGGUGGGCAAAGGGCUCUGGCCAAAGCUGCUUAAUGGCGUGCGUGCGUGUGCGGCGCUCGCGCGGGCCAAGUAUACGGCAUUGCGGCACAUGGCGGCGCGCGCUAUGGCGGCUUUGGCUGCGCGGGAGCCGCAUGCGGUUAUGGAUACGCUGGUUCACGAGUUAAUCGAGGCAUUGUCUGAGAUGCGGAACGACCGCGUGCGUUGCGGCGCGGCGGAGUCGCUGGUGCGCGUGGUGGACUGCUUGCAGCUACAACUUGUGCCCUAUAUCGUUCUGCUCGUCGUGCCUCUUUUAGGACGCAUGAGUGACCACAACGAAUCCGUCCGCAUGAUGUCGACGCGAUGUUUCGCGACUCUCAUACAAUUGAUGCCUUUGGACGGAGCGGUGCCCGAGCCCGCCGGCCUCUCCCAGGAGAUGCGGGAGAGGAAGCUGAGGGACAAGCACUUCUUGGAGCAACUCUUCAACCCAAAGUCCAUUAAAGACUACAAGAUCCCCAUACCAGUGUCUGCGGAACUAAGGAGCUACCAGCAGGCGGGUGUGAACUGGCUUCGGUUUCUAAACGAAUACAAACUUCAUGGGGUAUUAUGCGAUGACAUGGGUCUGGGCAAAACGCUGCAAUCCAUCGUGGUAGUGGCAGGCUCGCACCACGAGCGGAAACUGCGAGGCGACCCCGCUAUGCCUUCUCUCGUCGUGUGCCCUCCAACGCUCACUGGUCAUUGGGUAUUUGAAGUGAACAAAUUCAUACCCACCAAAUUCCUCAAACCCCUCCAAUACGUGGGUCCGCCCGCAGAAAGAGAAAGACUGCGCUCUCACGUACACUUCUACAACCUCAUCGUAGCUUCGUACGACAUCGUGCGGAAGGACAUAGACUACUUUAGCAGUAUCAAGUGGAACUACUGCGUGUUGGACGAAGGCCACGUCAUAAAGAACGGGAAGACCAAAGCCUUCAAGGCCAUCAAGCAGAUUGUUGCUAACCAUCGAUUGAUACUCUCGGGGACGCCCAUUCAAAACAACGUCCUGGAGCUGUGGUCGCUGUUCGACUUCCUGAUGCCAGGACUGCUGGGUACCGAGCGGCAGUUCACUGCGCGAUACUCGAGGCCCAUCUUAGCCGCGCGAGACCCGCGCGCUCCGCCUCACCACCUUCAGGCCGGGGCUCUGGCUUGCGAAGCCCUGCAUCGACAGGUGCUUCCAUUUCUCCUGCGUCGCGUGAAAGAGGAUGUAUUACGCGAGUUGCCGCCAAAGAUCACACAGGACUACUACUGCGACCUCAGCCCUCUACAGCGGCGCCUCUACGAGCACUUCUCUCGCGAACACAUGCCGCAGGACCUCGAGUCUUCCCGGACCCAUGUGUUCCAGGCUCUGCAUUAUUUACAAAACGUUUGCAACCAUCCUAAACUGGUGUUAGUACCGGAGCACCCGGAGGCGAUGCGCGUCGCCAAGCAGCUGGCCUCUCAGAGCUCUUCCCUGGACGACAUCGAACACGGCGCCAAACUGCCUGCGCUCAAACAAUUACUACUCGACUGCGGCAUUGGCACAUCGGCAACAGUCGGCGACUCCGCUGCAGUGGUCUCCCAGCACCGAGCGUUAAUCUUCUGUCAGCUCAAGAAGAUGUUGGAUAUAGUAGAGAAGGACCUGUUGCAGAAGCACUUGCCGUCAGUCACGUACUUGCGGCUGGACGGCAGCGUGCCGCCGCAUCAGCGCCACGCGAUAGUGACGCGCUUCAACACCGACGUGUCCAUUGACGUGCUGCUGCUCACCACUGCUGUGGGUGGUCUAGGGCUGAACCUGACGGGCGCAGACACGGUGAUCUUCGUAGAGCACGACUGGAACCCCAUGAAGGAUCUGCAAGCCAUGGACCGCGCGCAUCGCAUCGGACAGAAGCGAGUCGUCAACGUCUACCGUCUCAUCACCAGGGAUACUCUGGAGGAGAAGAUUAUGGGACUACAAAAAUUCAAGCUAAUGACGGCAAACACGGUGAUUAGCAGUGAAAAUGCGGCCAUGGAGACCAUGGGCACAGACCAGCUUCUCGACCUGUUCCAAACGUCAGCCUCGGCCGGACCCUCCACGUCGCACCAGCAACCCCCCAAACCCGCGAUAAGCAACCUCCCAGACUUGUGGGACGAUAAGCAGUACGAGGAGGAAUACGAUAUGAGCACGUUUGUCAAGAGCCUUAAGAAAAUGAAAGCUUAGGUUGAAAUCUAUAGAGUGCACUUUGACUUAGUCAAUAUUAAAACGAGACAACGUUAUAUCGCUGGAUCUAUGCCAUCUCGUUUUAACUGAAACUUAAAUCUGAGUGAUCUUACUUAAGUCAAAUCUUAUAUCUUUCCGACAGGACAGGGAAUCAGCUUAUUACCAACCACAAUUUUUUUUUUGUUAGAAUACAUGUGUUCUAAUUGUGUUCCAUUUUUUUUUAGAAGUAUAAAAUAGUAUAUUGUGUACUUGAUUUAAUUCGGAUUUUGCACUACAUUGUAUUCGAAAUAUUUACAUUAAAAUUCAUGAUAAUUUUCGAAUAUUUUUCUCUCAUUUUGUGCCGAAAAUAUCUUUCCAAGUGUCACAUAUUUGUCAUCCCCGGUAGGUAUAUUACCUAAUGUUUGUAGAUGUACAAUUAUUAAUAUUUUAGUGUGUAAGUGAAAUGGCCAGUGAGGCGAAA